AUGUGGUCUUAUUACUACCCUGGUCUAUUCUCGCUUGUGCUCAUGGCAACUUUAAGCACAGUGACCCAUCAAUCCCCUCUUUAUGUUAAAUGUAGUUUUGGUGAAUUAUAUUACCCAAGAAAUACUACGGUCAAAAUAAAUGGAACACUAACGCCAGAAUUUAGCAAUGCAAGAAGCUGUCUUGUCCAGCCUAAUAUUACAUCUGCAAUCAUUCGUGUGACUCUAGAAGGGCUGAAUAUGUCGAGUGAUGUGCGUGCCCUUUAUUCUGUGGUCCUUGAAAACUUGAAUGUUCUGUUUGUGGGUGAAGCUUUUAAUCUUAGCAAUAAACAGCAGUACCAUUUUCAUGUGUGCCCUUCUGAACAAUCAAGAACAAACAGUCUUGAUGUUUUAUUCUUUGGAAAGCCCGUCAAUGAGUCAUUUGCCGUGGAAAUUGAUCUGGAUGAUUCUGUGUUAGAUCUUGGUGAAAAAGAAUACGCGUCUGUUCCCUCUUAUGGUUUGGCAAUAGUCAAAGCAUUUGACAUUAAAGAAGAGCAUUUGUCCAGCUUAAUUCAGAUUACAGUGUCUUCUGAAGAGCCUGAUAUUGAAUGUCUCCUUGUGGUGUCUCAAAGCUGCUUGUGGGCACAAAAACAAGGACUUGCCAAGGUGCAAAGUAGCAAGGCUUCCCUCCAACUUACUUUCACAAAAUCUGGUCGUAUCACUUUGUCACAGUUUUCACUCCCCAGGAUUACAAAAGGCCGGUGGUAUAUUGGAAUAAGAAGGAAAACCCUUGAUGUGGAACGUCCUUCUGUCAACAAGAAUAAGGAAGUCAGUGUGACUGUCACGAAAGGUAUCAUGCCCAGUAAGAUUCGUCCUACUCUUUAUAUGUGCUUGAUUGCCAUUUUCGGUGGCAUUGCAAUAGCUGCCUUUGCUCAUUUCUACCUCAAUUCUGACUUUGACCAUUGUAAACCUCCAUAUCAUUUGGAAGAAGCUAAUGAGCGAAACCGAUUACCCAGUAGAGGCAUUGUAGAUUAUGUACCUGAGCCGAUACCGCGAUUGACAUUUCCACUGAAGCAAUGGGUUAAAGUCAUCUUUGUCGCCUGGUUUGGACGAGGUAUAAAAACAUACCCUUACCUCACUGGUGUACUGGCUAUAAGUUUCAUGGUGGGUUCAGCCCAGUUUGUUAUUGCGCGUUGGUCCAACAUGAUUGAAGAAGGUGACCGAGAUCUUUGCUACUACAAUGAACUUUGCUACCGACCAGUUGCCAUUGCUGAUAUGCCAUCCAACUUCAUGCUCAGCAAUGUCCCAUAUGUUAUUCAUGGCAUCUUCCUUGCUUUGUCCUUCUCUUUCAGAGAAGCCAUUGCAUUCGAAGCCAGUCAAUCAGAGAACAGGUACAGUCUACAAAACGCUGGUCGCAAGCGAUUUGUCCCAUAUGAUUAUUCCAUAGCCUAUGCACUUUCUUGGGCAUUGGUGUUUGAGGGUCUGUUCUCAGCUACAUAUCAUCUGUGCCCAUCCCGUCUCACAUUUCAGUUUGACUCCGCCUUUAUGUUCAUCAUCUCCGGAUUGGUGGUGAUUGCACUAUACAACUGCCGAGUGAGAAGCUUAAACUACAUAGAAACACAAGGCAACACCACAAAACCCCCAAGUGAGACAACAAUCCAGGCUCCAAAAUACUUCUUGUUCUUUGUGGCUCCAUUGCUAGUAUUCAACUAUGUUGGCUCAAUAAGGGACACCACUGGCCUUCCGCCUUUCUUUGAAGUUUGUUACUGGAUUGCAUUGGUGCUGUGGUUGACUCUCAUGUACUUUUGGACUUUCCAGAAAGUAGGUGUGCCUUGUUAUUGGAAGUGGUGUGGCGAAGACGACAACUGUCACAGUGUGGAGGCAAUUGUGAAAUGGGCGUGGUUACUCAUGUUCCCUCUUUGCCUAUUGGUCAUUGGUUUUAAGAAGGAGAAGGAUUGGUCCCAGUUUUUUCUGUUUUCUUGUGUGGCUGCGGUGGCAUUAAGUAUUCUGGGUUUGUUGAGCUUUGACACAGCAUUAACCUUGAAGAGGAAGAGCACAUCUAGUAAUGGCGAUUUUUGGGGCGGAAUAAAACAGUUUUGUCACCCAAGCUGGAUCUGUGAACUACUUUGGCGCAACUGGCAUCGUGUACUGUUUAUGAUUGGGACUUUCCUCUUCUGGGUAUUUGCCAUGUACUUCUUCAAGAUAAAAUCCACCACGCGUAAGGUUGAAGCUCCAAGCUAUUCCCGCACCAAGAAUGAAGAGUGUGUCCUGUGGGACUUCUUUGACUACCACGACAUCUGGCACAUGCUAUCGUCGUUUGCACUCUUCAUGAGUGGCUACCUUCUCAUCUAUGUAACCAGGAAAGUAGAAAUCUACUUUUGGGUGGCGACCAUGUACUGGAUGGAUAGACAAAAGGGAAGACAAAGACAAGCGAAUGGAUAUGAGGGUAGUGGCGAGGAGAUACAGAACGUUGUCAUACAUCCGACUCAAGAGGAUGAUAUACUGCUUGAAGGUAAGAAAGACGAAAAUGGAAUUAACUUAGAGCAAAAGAGGCCAUUGAACAAUGUUUUAGAAAGAUACGCAGCUCAUACUAAUGAUUAUGCUAAUAUUUCUUAUGUGUGA